AUGGAAACAUUCAACUCCUGUGAUAUUUCGUUCAUUCUGCCACCAGGCCUCCUUGCUCGAUCAGCGCUUUAUGGGUAUUGUUUUAUCUACACCGGCUGGACCCAAGGCUGGAGAGGCAAAGGCCACUCGCUGCACAAAACCGACGACACCGUCGGCCUGGCCAAGCCGCUUCUGCUCAACCGCAAAGACAACACGAGAGGCAUCGGCGCCACACAGCAUUUUACCAGCGACCAGUGGUGGAUGAAUGCAUUCGACGAACAGCUCCAAGGCCUCGACACCUCCAAAAAGGGCAAGGUCGUCCAGACCAUCACCACCGGCAAGCUCAACGCCAUUGAAAAGGGUUCGCUCGGCAAAUACUCGCUCUACACCACAUUUGUGCGCGGAGGAUUCCUUGAAGGAACCCUGGAGGCCUUGAAGAGAGAACAAGAACGCAAGGACGAAUCGACCACAGACUCCGACUCUGACGCCGCCGAGAAGAACGCAAAAAAAGCGGCGCGGGCCAACGAGUCCAAGGAGGAGCGCAGGGCGCGCAAAGAAGCCAAGCGCAAACGCAAAGAGGAAAAGGCGCAACGAAAGCUGGCGCGCAAAUCAAAAACGUCAAAGUCGAAAUCGGACUCGAGCGACGAUGCGACCGAGGAAAAACGACGCCGGCGAGCGCGCAAAGAAGAAAAACGACGCCGGCGCAAGGAGGAGGAAGGAAAAUAG